GUGGAAACGUGAGGAACGUUUGCCAUGCGAUUCGUCGACGAGGCAGUGCAGAGACCGACAUUCGGAGAUCUACUCUUUACAGAGAGAACGGUCUUCUGGCACCUGCGAGAGAGAGUCAUCAACGGACUUGUCAGAUAGAAAGAUCACCGCAAAGAGUAAGAUGGACAGGUGGCUGUGUGCCGUAAGAUGUGCCUAUUUGUCCAAAGCCGAUAAUGCCGCGUUAUCAGAAAAAGUUGAACGGGCCGAUCUUCCCUCAUGGCUUUAAUCAACUCUGAUCUCCCUGGGCUUACGCUGAUCUCCAAAGGAAAAGUCAGAGAUAUUUACAGCACUUCGUCUCCCGACCAUCUAUUGUUCGUCGCGACCGACAGGAUAUCUGCGUACGAUGUCAUUCUCAGGAACGGAAUCCCAGACAAGGGCAAACUCCUCACGAAAAUUUCCCUCUUUUGGUUCUCGAAGCUAUCGCAUAUCAUCCCGAACCAUUUCGUGACUGGGGAUAUUGAUGCCAUGCCCAAGGAGAUCGCGCCGUUCAAGGAUCAACUCGAAGGACGCGCCAUGCUGGUGAAGAAGGCAAAGGUCGUACCACUGGAGGCCAUUGUUCGGGGAUACCUGACAGGAUCUGCGUGGUCAGAGUACAAGAAAUCUGGGACGGUGCAUGGAAUUAGUCUUCCUCCCGGCAUGGUCGAGUCACAAAAGUUUCCGGAGCCGUUGUUUACCCCGUCAACCAAGGCAGAGCAAGGCGCCCAUGAUGAGAAUAUUUCCCCUCAGCAAGCAUCGGCUCUAAUCGGCGAAUCCCUAUACAACCAGAUAUCUGAAGCAGCUAUAAAACUAUACACAGAAGCCGCGGCCUAUGCGCAUUCAAAAGGUAUCAUUCUCGCAGACACAAAGUUUGAAUUCGGACUCGUUCCUGGACCUUCUGGGGGGGACACGCUUAUUCUGAUUGACGAGCUUCUGACGCCUGAUUCGUCGCGGUAUUGGCCUUUGGAUGGGUAUAAGGUGGGGGGGCCGCAACCAAGCUUUGACAAGCAGUAUCUGCGAGAUUGGCUUGUCGGAGCCGGGUUUCGGAAGGGCCUGGAAGAAGGCAAGGUGAAGGGGGAAGGGUGGACGGUCGAAGAGAGUGUUGUGGAAGGUACGAGAAGACGGUAUACGGAGGUUGUCGACCUUUUAAUAGGAUGAAUAGAAGAAAGCAAGUGAAAUACGAAGUUCCUAACUAGAAGAGAGCCAAAGUUCCUAUGUAGUUGUACUCGUCGAGAUAAUAGUAAUCGGAGUCGAUCACAGCCAAAUUCGGAAGAUCAUGGCAUUUACUACUCACACCACGCCUUCUGGUACGGCAAUAGCUCUACCUUGCAUGCAACUGACAGAAAAAUGCAGGAUUCUUACUGCCAUCCAUCCAUGCUACUCCUCCGUUCUUCAGGUGAGAUCGUUCCAUCAUGCAUG